GCAUGUUAAGAAGCGAAGGAGGACAUCAGUGGAGCGUGGUGGUACCACUGCUGUGACAUUGGAGAAGCCAUAGUUGUGCACAGUGCAAAGGUUUCUUUUGCUGCCCAGCUGAGCUGCAAUUAUCAACAAUUUUGUUGGCCUUUUAGCAUCGCGAUCUUUGCAGAUCUUUCUGGAAUUCAUCAUGGAAAAUGGGUGUAAAUGCGGACCGGGCUACCCGAGCCCACUUGACGCAAUGAAAAAUGGCGCAAGGGAGAAAAUUGUCUACCUCCCGUGCAUUUACAUAAACACGGGGGUAGAUGCUAACGACUAUCUGGCCACUGUUGAUGUUGAUCCAGAUUCGCCAAGCUAUACAAAGGUAAUUCACAGGACUACGAUUCCAGUGAAAGGAGCAGAGCUCCAUCACAGCGGCUGGAACUCAUGCAGCAGGUGCGUUCGCAGCUCUAUAUCUGGGCUUCCCAGUGAGGUUGGGGCUUCCAAGCUUUCUAUCUCCCCCCACCCUCUUCUUGUAAUUCUCAGAAAGUAUGUCUUAAAACUACUUUUAAAUGCUAGGUGGAAAAAAAUACACAGAAUAAUUGUCAAAGCCGAUGAUGUAUUUGAGAAGGCAGGAAUUGGUUGGCCACACACUUCUCAUUGUCUUGCUGAUGGCCAUAUAUUGAUCAGCGGAAUGGGUGACCGGGAAGGAAACGGGAAAGGGGGUUUCUUGCUGCUGGACGGCCAGACGUUCGAUGUGAAAGGUAAAUGGGAAAAAGAUGGUUCCGAAAUUCCAUUUGGCUACGACUUCUGGUAUCAGCCCAGACACAACGUGAUGGUGAGCAGUGAAUGGGGUGCUCCAAGUGCAUUUAUGAAGGGUUUUGACUUAGCAGAUCACAAGGCUGGAAAGUACGGGCAACAUUUGAAUGUUUGGGACUGGAAGGAACACAAGCUCAUACAGCGCAUUGAUCUUGGGGACGAAGGACAGAUUCCUCUGGAAGUUCGGUUUUUGCAUGAUCCAAAUGAAACCCAAGGCUUUGUGGGAUGCGCUCUUAGCAGCACUGUUUUCCGUUUCUUCAAAGCUGAGGAUGGAACAUGGAAGGCAGAAAAAGUUAUCGAGGUGCCACCGAAAAAGGUAGAGGGCUGGGCACUACCAAAUAUGCCAGGUCUUAUCACAGAUAUUUUGAUCUCGUUGGAUGACAAAUACCUGUACUUUAGCAACUGGCUGCAUGGAGAUGUUCGUCAGUAUGAUAUCACUGACCCAAAGAAGCCAAAACUUGUUGGCCAGUUAUUCCUUGGUGGAAGCGUGAUAAAAGGUGGACCAGUCAAAGUCACAGAGGACAAAGAGCUGAAGGAGCAACCCCCGGCACUGAUCAUGAACGAGAAAAAGGUUGAGGGUGGACCUCAAAUGUUGCAGCUGAGCUUGGACGGGAAACGCCUCUAUUUAACAACGUCAUUGAUCAGCUGCUGGGAUAAGCAGUUCUACCCUGACAUGCUCAAGAACGGAUCUGUUAUGAUGCAAAUAGAUGUUGACAAUGUCAAUGGUGGCCUAACCCUGAACAAAAAAUUCUUUGUCGAUUUUGGCCUGGAACCGAGUGGCCCUGCUUUGGCGCAUGAAAUACGCUACCCUGGAGGAGAUUGCACAUCGGACAUUUGGCUUUGAAUGACAUAAUCACUUAUGUGCUGUGACGUCGCAAUACCCGAGUCGCAAUAAUCACCGUUAACAGUUUAUUUAGCCAUACUGCAUUCACCAGAUGUUCAUUUAUUUCAGAAUUGCAUUAACAGUAAUAAUCUAGUCGUGCCAUGACUGUUCAGCAUUGUAAUCAAAAUGUU